AUGGAGUUCAAGAGAGACAAUACUGUCAGAUUCUAUGGUGACGAGAAACAAACCCAAGAAGUAACAGAGAAGCGUUUCCCAUUGUUUAAAUCAACAACAGCUCCAUUUCUAAAACCAGAAUUAGGAAUCCAAAGUAGCAACAACAAGAAGAGUAACAAAAGCCGUUUUAAACUCCCAAGAUUUGGUAGAUUCAAAGUGUUCCCCGAGAAUUUGAAUUUCGAGAUCGAAAGAGACAAGAUUCUAGAUCCUGGUGGUGAUGCAGUGCUUCAAUGGAACAGAGUUUUCCUCUUCUGGUGUCUCGUUGCACUCUACGUCGACCCUUUGUUCUUCUUCCUUUCUUCAGUCAACCAAACUGGACCAUCAUCUUGUAUGACCACAGAUUUGAAGCUCGGUAUCGUCGUUACUUUCUUCAGGACACUCGCCGAUCUCUUCUAUGUCUUACACAUUGUCAUCAAAUUCAGAACUGCUUAUGUCUCUCGUACUUCAAGAGUCUUUGGCCGUGGAGAACUCGUCAAAGAUCCUAAGUUGAUUGCUAGAAGAUACUUGAGAUCAGAUUUCAUCGUUGAUCUCAUCGCUUGUUUGCCUCUUCCUCAGAUUGUUAGUUGGUUUAUCUUGCCAUCAAUCAGAAGCUCUCACUCAGAUCAUACCACAAAUGCUCUUGUCCUCAUUGUUCUUGUUCAGUACAUUCCUCGGCUUUAUCUGAUUUUCCCUCUAAGCGCAGAGAUUAUCAAAGCAACCGGAGUUGUUACAACCACCGCUUGGGCCGGUGCUGCUUACAAUCUGCUUCAGUAUAUGCUAGCUAGCCAUAUUCUAGGUGCGGCAUGGUAUCUAUUGUCGAUAGAACGCCAAGCGACAUGUUGGAAAUCAGAAUGUCAUAAAGAGUUAGAGCCUCUAAAAUGUGUUACGGAUUUCUUUGACUGUGGUACGUUGCACCGAGAGGAUCGGAAUAACUGGCAGAAUGUAACUGUUGUCUUCAGCAAUUGUGAUCCUUCGAAUAAAAUCCAAUUCACAUUCGGUAUUUUCGCGGAUGCUCUCACCAAAAACGUCGUCUCUUCGCCGUUCUUGGAGAAAUACUUGUAUUGCUUGUGGUUUGGACUACAAAAUCUAAGUUCUUACGGACAGAAUCUGAGCACAAGCACCUCUGUUCUUGAGACAAUGUUUGCUAUCCUGGUGGCUAUCUUUGGUCUGGUUUUGUUUGCUCUAUUAAUCGGAAACAUGCAGACGUAUUUGCAAUCGAUAACGGUGAGGCUUGAGGAGUGGAGGCUGAAGAGAAGAGACACAGAAGAAUGGAUGAGACAUCGUCAGCUACCGCAGAAUCUAAGAGAAAGAGUGAGGCGUUUCGUUCAGUAUAAAUGGCUGGCGACUCGAGGAGUUGACGAAGAAACCAUUCUUCAUUCAUUACCUGCAGAUCUCCGUAGAGAUAUCCAAAGACAUCUCUGUCUCGACCUUGUUCGUCGUGUACCGCUAUUUGCGCAAAUGGACGAUCAAUUACUAGACGCGAUAUGCGAACGUUUAGUGUCAUCUCUAAGCACACAAGGGAACUACAUUGUACGUGAAGGUGAUCCAGUGACCGAAAUGCUCUUCAUCAUCCGUGGAAAACUCGAUAGCUCCACGACUAACGGAGGAAGAACCGGUUUCUACAACUCAAUCACACUUAGACCAGGAGAUUUCUGUGGAGAAGAGCUUCUUGCUUGGGCAUUACUUCCAAAAUCAACAGUAAACUUACCAUCCUCCACAAGAACGGUGCGAGCAUUGGAAGAAGUUGAAGCAUUUGCUUUACAAGCAGGGGAUCUCAAAUUUGUUGCUAACCAAUUCAGGCGUUUGCAUAGCAAGAAGCUGCAACACACAUUCCGUUAUUACUCUCACCAUUGGAGAACUUGGGCUGCUUGUUUCAUACAAGCAGCUUGGAGACGGUAUAAGAGAAGAGCGUUGGCUAAGAGUCUUAGCUUGGCUGAGUCAUUCUCUUCUUAUGAAGAAGAAGAGGCUAUGUCGGUUGCUACAACCGAGGGGAUGAGUAAUGAUGGAGAGACACAGAGUGAUGGAGCCCGUCGUCAUACUUCUGAUGUGAAACCGCAUUUUGCUGCAACGAUAUUCGCUUCGAGGUUUGCUAAGAACACGAGGAGAACGGCUCAGAAGCUGAAGGAUGUUGAAGUGCCAAUGCUUCCUAAACCGGAAGAGCCAGAUUUUUCGGUGGAUGUUGAUUGA